GAUGUUUACGACUAGACCUGGCACAACAUCCCCAUUUCAGAGAACAUUUGUUGGGGUUGACCUUUUUAGCGUAUUUCAAGAGGUUUAUCUUCGGACAAAUGAUCCACGAGUUUCCAACAUCGUAAAGUUUUCUGAUUGGAUAGGUGAACUCAAAGUAGAGGCAGCAGUAUCAAUCAAAGAUGGAAAACGAAUCCUCUUUCGGUUCGACAGAGCAGCCUUUUCUUUUAAAUUUUUACCAUUUAAGGUACCAUAUCCAGUCCCAUUUAGACUUCUUGGAGAUGAAGCUAAGGGCUGGUUGGACACUACGUAUUUGUCUCAUUCUGGAAAUCUCCGCAUCUCAAGAGGAAAUAAGGCAACUACAUUUGUGCUUCAAAAGAAGACUGAUCCUAGGCAAACAUUGCUAGCAGCUAUUUCCACAGGAACGGUAGUUACAGAAGCUAUUGAUGAGUUUCUCUCCUUAAGAAAGAGUGUGGCUAAAGAUGAACCAGUCCUCUUAGAGGGCGAAUGGCAGAUGAUAUGGAGCUCACAGGUAGAAACAGAUAGUUGGCUAGAAAAUGCCGGCAAUGGUCUUAUGGGCAGUCAAAUUGUCAAGAAUGGACAAAUGAAGUUUCUAGUAAACAACUUACCUGGGAUCAGUUUCUCCAUGAUUGGCAAUUUUGUCAAAUCAGGCACAAAGACAUAUGAUGUUACCAUGGACGAUGCAGCCCUGAUUGGUGGUCCUUUCGGGUACCCUUUGGAGAUGGAGACCAAGAUCAAUAUGGAGCUCUUAUAUAAUGAUGACAAGAUCAGGAUUUCCAGGGGCUACAAUAAUAUAUUAUUUGUCCACCUUAGAACAUCAGACGGAUCAAAAUAAAUAAAGAACAUCAGAUGGAUUUGGAUCACCCAUGAGUACUUUGGUGGGUGAUUUUCAGGCCUUAAUCCGUGGAAGAUGGAUCGAGGAAAUUCAUUGUGAUUAUCGAGAAGGGAAUCAAUGUGCAUAGCACAUGACAAACAUGACUCAGGGUAUAGAUAUGGAAGAUCCAACACAAUAUCUGAUCUUUAU